AUGGGGUCGAUGGUGUGGGAAAGGCUCUGGUUCCGCCUCAAGCCCGUCGUGUGGCCACGCUGGACCUGGAGAUACAUUCUUUGCUGCUGUACCGCCACCUACGUCGUCUACUGCACUCUCUUCUCGGCCCCGGUCUUGUCGUCGAGGUUGCCGGCAUACACCGGCCCAUACUCUGUGGGCGCAAUUGACGUCGAGGUCCCCGUCGAGACGCGAUCCAUCCACAAUGCAACAUUCAAGGACGGUGGCCAUCCAGCUUUCCAGUUGGAAACCGUCCUGUUCACUCUCUACUAUCCCUCUGAAAGGGGCGCCAUCUCGUCCAAGCCACAACAUUUCUGGGUCCCGAAGCCGCUGAGAGUGACCGGCAAGGGAUACGCUCGGUUCGCCCACAUCAGCAACUUUGUCACGAAUGCGAUAUUUACGCUGGGCCUAUGGACGUUGGUAGGAAACACCAAAAUCCCCGCGCACGUGGACGUCCCUCUCCAUCAAUCUCCCGUCGUGCUCCAACUGCCAGAUUUCCAAGACUAUCCCGUCACGCAUGAGAACGGGUUUCCGGUCAUGGUCUUCUCCCACGGAAUGGCCAGCUCCCGGACCCAGUAUACUCAGUACGUGGGGGAGUUGGCGAGUCGUGGAAUUGUUGUUGCGGCCAUCGAGCAUCGCGAUGGCAGUGGACCGGGUACGAUGAUCAUGAAGCAUGGCGCGAAGUCUCGGAUUUUGCACCACUUUGAUAUUAGACACUUGAAGGGUAACUCUCAGCUGGACAGUGACACGUUCAAACAAGCACAGCUGGAUUUCCGGCAGGCCGAAGUCGAGGAAACCGUUCGAACGCUGGAGCACAUCAAUAACGGUGGAGGCGAUGAGGUUUUUGUGUCAAAUUCCCGGUCUGAAGGCCAGUAUCUGCAUCAGUGGGAAGGACGAUUAGCCCUGAACAACACGACGAUGGGAGGACACUCGUUUGGAGCCACCUUGGCACUCCAGACAUUGAAGCAAGGUCCCUCUAAACUUCUCCCCUUCCAAGGCGCUAUUGCCCUCGAUCCUGGGAAGCAAAGCGGUCGUCUAAACGAUGACGUCCAGGUGCCGGCUUUAAUUAUCCAUUCGAAUUCAUGGUCGAAGAGCCAUUCCAUUUUCUUUGGCAGGCCUCAUUUCGACGUAGUCAAGGAUGUCGUCCAGGGUGUUUUGAGGAGAGGAAAGGAUGCAUGGUUCCUGACAUCCUUGGGCACAUCUCAUCCGUCAGUCACGGACGCACCACUGAUCGAGCCAUUGCUGCUUCGGUGGACAACGGGCUCGACGAUCGACGCACACGAAGGUGUUAAUCAAUAUGUCAAGGUCUCGGAGAAGUUCCUCAGGUACCAGAGCACGGGGACCAUAAGAGGGAUCCUCUCAGAAUGUGUGACGCAUCCAGAGUACAACGUGGAAGACAAGAACAGAACAACUUCUGGCCCGUUGCCGAAGGAGUUCCGCAAAUACUGGCAGAUCCACGUUGCGCCCUGCGGUCCAGACGAAGGGGAAGAAUAG